UAGACCAAGCUUACUGACUCCUCCCAAUCAGGCAAUCACGGUGUUUCCUCCCUCUUCGGUCCCAAUCAAAACUACCUCCUCCUGCUCCCGUCUCACUCUGCAGGCUCCCUUGUCCAUCUCCCUCCAUGGCGUCCACGGCUCCGAGGGAGGACCCUCUCAUGGAGGACGACGAGCAACGCCCGCCGCUCACCCGGGCUCUGCUCCACCGCAGCGCCACCAACAACAUUUCCCAGGUGGCCAUGGUCGGCUCCAACCCCUGCCCCAUCGAGAGCCUCGACUACGAGAUAAUAGAGAACGACCUGUUCGAUCAGAACUGGAGGUCACGAGGCAAAGCCGACCAGGUCCGGUACGUGGUGCUGAAAUGGACCUUCUGCUUCGCCAUCGGGAUCCUCACCGGCAUCGUCGGGUUCCUCAUCAACCUCGCCGUCGAGAACGUCGCCGGGUUCAAGCACACGGCCGUGUCCUCACUCAUGGAAUCCAGCAGCUACUGGACAGCCUUCUUGGUGUUCGCCGGCGCCAACCUGGCGCUGCUGCUGUUCGCGUCUUCAAUCACGGCGUUCAUCGCGCCGGCUGCCGGCGGGUCGGGGAUCCCGGAGGUGAAGGCGUACCUCAACGGCGUCGACGCGCCCAACAUCUUCUCGCUCAGGACACUCGCUGUCAAGGUGAUCGGCAACAUCGCGGCGGUGUCGUCGUCGCUGCACGUGGGCAAGGCCGGUCCGAUGGUGCACACGGGCGCGUGCAUCGCGGCCAUCUUCGGGCAAGGCGGCUCCCGCAAGUACGGCCUCACCUGGCGCUGGCUGCGCUACUUCAAGAACGACCGGGACCGUCGCGACCUGGUGACCAUCGGCGCCGGCGCGGGCGUCACGGCGGCGUUCCGCGCCCCCGUGGGCGGCGUGCUCUUCGCGCUCGAGUCGCUCUCCUCCUGGUGGCGUAGCGCGCUGAUCUGGCGGUCCUUCUUCACGACGGCGGUGGCGGCGGUGGUGCUGCGGCUGUUCAUCGACCUGUGCGGGACGGGCCGGUGCGGCCUCUUCGGCCAGGGCGGGCUCAUCAUGUACGACGUGAGGAGCACGGCCUUCGUCGACGGCGACCUCAUCAUGACGUACCACCUCAAGGACAUCCCCACCGUCGUCCUCAUCGGCGUCAUCGGCGCCCUCCUCGGUGCGCUCUACAACUUCCUCAUGGCCAACGUGCUCCGCCUCUACACCGCCGUCAACGAGCGAGGCGCCGGGCACAAGCUGCUCCUGGCCGCCGCCGUCUCCCUCCUCACCUCCUGCUGCCUCUUCGGCCUCCCCUGGUUCGCUCCCUGCCGCCCCUGCCCCACCGCCGGAAUGAAGAACGCCGGCCUGGCAUCCACAACAUCAUCUAACGGGACGUGCCACUCGCUGAACCGGUUCCGGAGGUUCCACUGCCCGGCGGGGAACUACAACGACCUGGCGAGCCUGUUCCUCAACAUCAACGACGACGCCAUCCGGAACCUCUACUCCACGGGGACCAACGACGUGUACCACCCGGGCUCCAUGCUCGCCUUCUUCCUCGCCUCCUACUUCCUCGGCGUUCUCAGCUACGGCGUGGUGGCCCCCUCAGGCCUCUUCGUGCCCAUCAUCCUCACCGGUGCCACCUACGGGCGGCUCGUCGCCAUGCUCCUCGGCGACCACUCCGGCCUCGACCACGGGCUCGUCGCCAUCCUCGGGUCGGCGUCCUUCCUCGGCGGCACACUCCGGAUGACAGUCUCCGUCUGCGUCAUCAUCCUCGAGCUCACAAACAACCUUCUCCUCCUCCCGCUCGUCAUGCUCGUCCUCCUCAUCUCCAAGACGCUCGCCGACUCCUUCAACUCCAGCAUCUACGACCUCAUAUUAAAGCUCAAAGGGCUGCCGCACCUCGACGGGCACGCCGAGCCCUACAUGCGGCAGCUCACGGUGGGGGAUGUCGUGGCCGGCCCGUUGAGGAGCUUUGGGGGAGUGGAGAAGGUGGCGCACGUGGUGCACGUGCUCCGGACCACGGGGCACCACGCGUUCCCGGUCGUGGACGAGCCGCCGUUCGCGCAGUCCCCCGUGCUGUACGGGCUCGUGCUCAGGGCGCACCUGCUCGUGCUGCUCAAGAAGAAGGAGUUCUUCAUGGCGACCCCCGUGCGGUGCGCCAAGGAGUCCAUCGCCGGCAGGUUUGAGGCGCAGGAUUUUGAUAAGAGGGGCUCCGGGAAGCAGGACGCCGUCGAGGACGUGGAGAUCUCGGCGGAGGAGAUGGAGAUGUACGUGGACUUGCACCCGUUCACCAACACGUCGCCGUACACAGUUGUGGAGACCAUGUCGCUGGCCAAGGCGCUCGUGCUCUUCCGGGAGGUCGGCCUGCGCCACCUCCUCGUCGUGCCCAAGGCCUGCGAUAGGUCGCCGGUGGUGGGGAUCCUGACGAGGCACGACUUCAUGCCGGAGCACAUCCUGGGACUGCACCCGGUUUUGCUGGGGGGGCGGUGGAAGCGGCUACGGUGGCAGAAGGGCGCCGUCACCAAGUACUUCCGCUCGCUCAUCGUCUGGAUCGCCAGCAGCGGCUGAACCAGGAACACCUGUAUAUAUACUCUCUGUUGCGUUCUUGCUGGCUGCAGAAUGGUCAGCUCGGGGUGGGGAUCAAUUUUUGCGCAUUUCUGAAAAUAAUUACAAAGGACACGUACGCAGUUUUUUUCAGUUCGAUUCCUUGUAUAUUUGUCUCAUAAAGGAAACGGUGGUUCGUGUGUUUAUCUCAAGUUGGGCUUGACAUCUGUUGUUCUUUGUGCACAUUACGAUAGGAAGAUGUUCUCUGUUCUGAUCGACCAUGAUUCUGGUAGUCGAGUGUGUCAGCUCAGUUUGUCGUUACUGGAGUAAGAAUGAUUGGUUGGACCAUCUA